ACGGGACAGUGGCGCUUGGGGGAAAAUAAAGACGGAGUGAACAAAGUUUUAGCGGAAGUGCGCGCGGCAGGUGCCACUUUCAUAUAUACUGUACUAUAUAUAUGUAUACACACACACACACACACACACACACAUAUAUAUGAGUUGACUCUUCGUCUUUAAAGAGUUUGGACCGCGGUGUUUCAAGUGUUCGUCGGUGAAAAUAGUAAGUGAGAAACAUGACAACUCUCCGACCCAGACUGUGUGUGAUGGAGAAAGGAUCCGGCGGCUACGGCUUCCAUUUGCACGGAGAGAAGGGAAAGAGCGGCCAAUUCAUCAGGCUGGUAGAGCCCGACACCCCUGCCUUUGCGGCCGGACUGCUAGCGGGAGACCGACUGGUAUUCGUGAACGGGGAGUGUGUGGACAGCGAGAGCCAUCAGCAAGUGGUCUCCAGGAUCAGGGCCACCGACGAGACAUUGGAGCUUAUCGUGGUGGACGCCGAUACGGCUGAGCUGCUGAACAAACACAACCUGCGGUGCCGGAAAGAGUUCGUGACGGAGGGGAUUCCCCUGCCCAGAGAAAGCGCCCAGACCAACGGCGCCCCGACAUCGAGCUACCCAGACCCGCGAGCAAACGUCGACGUGCCCUCGGAGAGGCUAAGUGUCAGCUCCGGCACCAAGGAGGAGAGAGAAGGGCUGCGACCUCGACUCUGCCAACUGAAGAAGGGACCUAAUGGUUACGGCUUCAACUUGCACAGUGAGAAGUCCAGACCAGGCCAGUUCAUCAGAGCAGUUGAUGAAGACUCUCCAGCACAGACAGCAGGACUCAAACCACAGGACAAGAUAGUCCAGGUGAAUGGCCUGUCUGUGGUUGGGAAACAGCACUCGGAGGUGGUUGCAGCCAUCAAGGCUGGAGGAAAUGAAACACAACUGCUGGUGGUUGAUCCUGAGACAGACAAAUUCUUCAACAGGUGCAAUGUCCAGCCCACAGAGAAGCACAUCACAGGACCUCUGCCUGAAGCAGUAUCAGAGGAGGAUGGCGACCCCUCUUUGUUUAGAUUUAUCACCGCUACAGCAGGGAGGAAAGCUAAGAUGUCAGUGAGCUCAUCGUCUUCCAGUGCAUCCUCCAGCAGCUCUCUUCCUGCAGAGACAAGCAGCUUGCCAGCGCCACAGAUUGAGAGGGCCUCAGCUGCUGAAAGUCUGAACAUACACAUGUCGCUGGCCCAGGCCAAAGAAAAAGCCCACCAAAAGCGAGCCGCUAAGAAGGCCCCAACCAUGGACUGGAGCAAGAGGAAUGAACUGUUCAGUAACUUAUAAACUUGAUGAGCACCAUUAUCAUCACUGUUCUUCUAAGAACUUAAAUAAGACUUUCUGCUAAAGGAUCCAGACAGAUAAUUAGCCUCUGGAUCUGGGUUUUAGUCCUGUAUAGGAAAGACUGAACCACCUGUGCUAAGCAGUAUUAUUGAAGACUAUUUGUUUUGAUUUAGUAGUUCUGCCACAAUGUUAAUGUCACACAUAAAUGUAUGGUAAUAUAUUAAGCAAAAUGUUUAGAGAAGGAACAAAAAUUUUCUUAUUAAAAGAACUGAAUUAUGGGAUAUAGGGAAAUACUACUGAUUUUGAAUCCACAGUUUCAAUGAGUCAGACCAGCUUCUAGCUUUCUCAAGCAAUAAAGAAUGUAUGGGGAAUCAUGCAAGAAAGUAUCUGUGCAUGAAAAAUGUUGCAAAUACAACCUGUUUAUCAUCAGCAUGUGAUGCAUAGGGACUGUUUUAGACUGAAGACCACUGUGGUAGCCAUGGAACCAGUCCUCUCAUCUAAUUUAGGGUUGUUGUCAUCAUAUGAUUUUCAUUUAAUCAUAAUGUGUAUGAUAUUUUUAGUGCUCCGGCUCGUUAGAUUUGUACAUACAUGAAUAAAUGAUUUAUGAGGAAAUUAG